AUGAAGACUUCUAAUAAACAUUACAAAAUACAUUCAAAAGUUUCUGAAUGUGACAGUGAUUUUAAAGUAUCCGGUUGGGGUUGCAGACAUCAGCAAUGUUUGAUCCUUUUCAUCUGCCUGACGACGGCGUACAGUAUGAGGACGUGCAUGGGAGUGGCGCUGGUGGUCAUGGUUGAUGAUAAUGUUGGAACAGCCGCUGCAGACAAUAAAUAUACUUUUGAUAGUGACAAUACCAGUGCUUUAGUAGCAAAUGGCAAUGGUUCGAAUGUAACCGCUAGUGAAAAUAGAGGUGUGCUGCAUUCUCUGCUUUUAGUUCCACCUUAUCCAACGUUCCGCUGGAGUAAGCAGACUCAAGACACCGUCCUGUCGUCGUUCUUCUGGGGCUACAUGCUGCUGCAGCUGCCGGCCGGCCAGCUGGCGCACCGGUUCGGAGCCAAGUAUAUGCUCACUGCGGCCCUCUUCAUCAACUGUAUGGCAUCUUUCUGUUUUCCGUGGGGUACUUUUUAUGGAGGAUGGAUAUUCGCUUCUGCGUUGCGCAUGCUGCAAGGGUUGAGCCAAGCUUGCAUAGUUCCCGGCAUGCACACCAUGCUGGGCAGGUGGACUCCUUUGGAAGAGCGAGGAAGAUUAGCGGGUUGGGCAUAUGGAGGUCAAGCCCUAGGAGCAGUACUAGGUCUGCCAAUAACCGGUUUCAUCGCAUCGUCAGCACUCGGCUGGCCGGGUAUAUUCCGCUUCUACGGAACCCUGUCCGGGAUAGUCGGCUGCGUGAUAUGGACCUUCGGCGCUGACUCCCCCGCCCUGCACACCAACAUCAGCCCAGCUGAGAGACAAUACAUUGAAGAGGGACUGGGACAUACUGGAUUGAAUGGGAAGAGGAAGCCGCCCGUCCCGUGGUGCAGCAUCCUGCGCAGUCGCGGCAUGUGGGCCAUCGUGGUGGCGCACAUCGGCCAGACGUGGGGGCAGCUCACGCUCUACACCGAAGUGCCCGCCUUCAUGGACAAAGUCAUGGGGGUCAACAUCAAAGCUAACGGAAUGUUGACAGCGCUUCCCUUUCUCGUGAUGUGGUUCACGAAUUUCUUCUUCACGUGGUUCACGGACAUGCUCAUAGUGAAGAAACUGCUCAGCGUCAGCAAUACGAGGAAGUUGGCCAACUCUUUAGGCUGCGUCCCCGCCGCUGUCGGUCUGCUGGCGCUGGCGUACGCGCCCAAGAACGUGUACGUGGUGGAGUCCUUGCUGGUGUUCAUUUGUGCCUUCAAGAUCGCCUGCUCAGCCGGCUUCCACGUAAACCACAUCGACAUAUCGUCCAACUUCUCCGGCACCAUGAUGAGUAUCAGCAACUUCGUGUCCAAUUUGUUCGGCUCGCUCGCGCCCACGGUGGCCGGCCUCAUCCUCACCGACGUCACGAGCGAAUAUCUCUGGAGGAAGGUGUUCCUCGUGGCUGCUGGACUAUUUUUCUUCAGCAACUUGGUCUACGUCGUAUUCGGCACAGCCGACAAAGCGGACUGGGACAAUGUACUACAAGAAGGAGAUGCAGAAGAAAAUCCAAGUGAAAUGAAACCGAUGAUCGAUAGAAAGGACACAAAAAAGAAGCAGGAUAUGAUAAAUGUAAACUCUUGAU